AUAUGCAGCUUUUUACGAAACUCUCGGGUUUUCCUUCACUGGCCCCUGCCCAAGACCUCACGAUAUACGCGCAUGCAUACGUGUAUCUCUCUUAGCAGUAUCCGGGUUUGAAGCUAGAUGUCGAUAGAUAUAGUUGACGAGCACUGAUUAUACUGCGCAAUUGCUAUUGCCUUUGGACACACUAAUCCCAUCAGCCGUUAGAAUCAACGUUCCACAAGAGACUUGGUUGACUGCGCUCUUUGUGACUUUUCCUAUUGUUGCUAUCUUUUGGCAUCUAUUAUACGUCAAUUUACACUGACGACUCGUGAUAAUUAAUCUUUCAGGUGUUUUUCAGGACUUGCUUAGAAUUAGAAAUUCGCUUAAUCGAAAAAUGUAUUUCUACUGAGCCGUACCACAUUCUUUAUCUUGGAGUGAACGUUUGAUAGUACGGGUCAUAACUGUCACUAUCAAACUCUUGAUAAGACUUUUUUAUUCUGCUUGCAGUAGCAUAUUGGACAUUGUUUCAGUGAAAGUGAAUAAACUAUCGUUACACCUCUCUUCUGUGAAUUUAUAACUCUCCAACGGUACUAGGUAAUAAUAUCGUUCUCUGAUAAAAUGCGAAAUCGUCAAGAGGAUAGCAUCAAAUUUAUAAAAGAAGAACUGAUAGCGGAAAUGGUGCACGAUCGCUGCUUUUGCGAAGCAGGCUCACGAGAAUUCGUGGAACUCGAAUCAGUUUGCGUGGAACCUUUGCAGAAGUUAGAGAUCUCUACAGUAUGUGAAUUUUAUCAAGUCGAUGCGAUUAUACGAUUUUCUGGAGAAGAGAAAAAUUUUUCAUUGAUCGUAAAGCUCCUGCCAGUUGUGCCGCAACAUGAGAACGCUUACGAGCUAUUCCAGAACGAGGAAUUGUUCUACAGUAAAAUUUCUAUGAAAUAUGAUAUAGAAAUUUCACCAAGAUGUUAUCUCUCGGACAUGGGAAGAUAUGGAAGACCAGCCAUUGUUCUAGAGAAUCUUGAAGCUCGAGGAUAUCAACGAGUUUAUGGAAAAUUGGAUAACGAUCUCCUGGAGUUGUGUCUUAAACGUAUUGGAAAAUUUCAUGCGAGAGGCCUUCGACUCAAAACCGAAAAGUUUAAUUUGUUUAGAGAAUUUUUUGCAAAGUUUCUCGAAACUCUAUUCACCGAUCAAAACUCCUUAAUAUUUUCAAGAAAACAUUCCAGGGUUCUAGAGUACUUGAAGUCUUUGCCGGAAUCGGAUCCAGCUAGGAAACAUGGUGAGAUUCCGAGUCGAAAUUUGUAUGAGAGGAUAAAAGAAUUAACGGAAGAAGUAAAGGAGGAUUCGACGAUUUGCCACGGUGAUUUGUCUUCAGGAAAUCUACUGUUUAAAUACGAGAAUGGAAAACCCAUCGACCUCAAGAUAAUCGACUGGCAAACCAUGAGAUACUCUUCGGCCUCCAUUGAUCUAGGUCCCAUCCUCUUUAGAAAUCUAUCAGUGGAAAAUGCUUCGGAGAGCAUACCGAAAUUUCUGAAAAUUUACUUGGACGCAGUGACCAUGGAAUAUCCAGGCGGACCGCUCGAGCGGCUUCAAACGGAAUUUCUCUCGAAGCUUCUGUACACCUAUGUUAUCUUAUCGCUGGACGAAAGUAUCCCGGUGGAGACGUUAAUGGAAACGUUACGGCAGUCCGUGCGCGUUUAGCUGGCCUCGAUUGAGAGUCGGAUAAAAUCAACGGACGGAUGCCGAGGAAAAGAAUUACAAGGAGUAAUAUCUGAAAGACACGUAGUUCGAUUGUCCCGUCUGCUCGGGAGAGUGGAGUGCGAGAGAGAAAGAGGGAAAGCUAUUCGUGCUGUCAACUGAAUUCGAUGGAGUUCAUAUGCUGAGGGAAACUGUGGCGUUACUCUCACGUCUAACGUAGAUGAUCUAACUAUAAUUGUGUUUGUAAACUGCCUAACCAAUUUGCAUUUGAGGAGGAUGAAUACGGAGACCCCUAGAUCACGCUGCACGAUGCUCUUCGACAAAAUGCCGGCGUCGAUACGUCCUAGACUGUUUUCAAGUAUCGAUAGUCCUUUUCAAUCACUGAUUCCCAUAUAUUUCAUUAGAUUGUAAUAGGAUACAGGAUUAAGUUUCUGGAGGUACGUCAGAAGUAGGUGCCCCAGCGAGUCUCGAUGUAUCGUUUAUGGGUGCCGUUUGAACAGUUUCUGGAGAUAUAGCAUUUUCUUGAUGUAUCGAAAUUGGUCCAGAUUCACCUGGCCAUCUUGCAGGAAGUGAUAUUCCUGGCAAGAUCCAGUAAACAAGUCCCAGGAUUAUGAAGAAAAUCAAUGAGGAAACUAAAAUUCGUCUUUUCUUGCAUGCUGCGAUUACGGUUCUACAUGGAUUUAAAUUCUUCCUUAUCUCUGGACAAGGGGAGGAUGUCACGGGUCUUGCAGAAGCAACGGAUUUGUAAGGUAAUGAAGCAUUGUACGCUGUACGUUGCAUAGGAAAGAGCCAACCCAUUGAUACUGAAAAUUUUUAGCAGACUAAAUUUGAUUGUAACGCCCUAAUGUAUCUGAAUUUUGUUUUUAUGCCCUGCCCUGAAGUCUGCGCGUGAACCAAUAGAAUGUCAAUAUUCAGGAGUGCGAGACUUUUCCUGUUUUCCAUAAGCGGUUAAAACUUUCAAAGGGGUUGAUUCUCUCCCUGAGGGAUGGAGCCACCCUUCGUUUUCAUUAUUACUCCUUGCCUCAGUCUUUAUGAGAUCCGGUGCUUUGGAAAUGCCCGCACAAGAAAAAUCUGAUUUACUUAACCAAGUGUAAUUCUUUGAGUUUGCUAAAAGGCGGAAACCCCCCCUAGUGGAUAGUUUAAAUUCCGGUUCAACCGAAAAAAAAAAAAAAUGGAAAUAUUCUCUCUGGAGUUGGUUAACAUCUAACGGUGAGUGGUGUUUAUCCCACAGGGUUUCACAAAUUACCUAUUCAUGCAACUAUUUUCAACCUAAAGGUAUACAUGCGGUUAUAUCGUGCUUUCGAAACACUUUGAAUUUAACUAAAGCGCUAUGAGAAUUUGGUAUUUACGUUUUUCUACCACAGAAAAUGUACAAGUCUGGAUAAGAAGUACUCCGAAGCAUUCCCUAAAUAGAAGAUCGAUACCUCUCAAUAUAAAUAUUUGCGUAGAUUUCUAUGAUAAAUGAAUAUCCAAUAUAUUUGGAGUUCUUUGUCGCAUAUAAUAUUAUAAAGUGAUAGAAGUAAACUCCCGUUAAAAAAAAUAUUCAUAGUUCCCAGUAUACCUACAUGACGUAUAGACGCUAUCAAAUCCUAUUUAAUUUAAUAAAUGAUUAAUUUGAAGAAAAUAUUCUCAAACAUAAUCCGCACUACUGCGAGGCAAUUGACUUGAACGCCGCGGAUCGUUUGCAUAAUGAUCGUUCAGGCAACGAUGGGAGAAUUACUAUCGCUACUCCUGCGAGAUAUCGUCUAUCCAUUAAAGGAAUCUGCGCAUCACCUGACAUCAGAUUCAACCAGAAAAUCAUCUUCAGCCGGAGAAAAGCAGCUGCAAACCUUCCAGUCCAACUGGAUAUCAUUAAUCUUGAGAGACCUGGAGGCCCUUAAACUGAGUGCAUUAGCAGACAAUAUCGAAUACAAGAUACGAUAUUUGUUUUUCUUGCAAUCAUCAAAUAUAUCUCCUUGUAUGCCCUCA